AUCUCUCCAACUUUGUCUGUUUUUGUAAACGUCUCUUUAUUAUCAUGUCCUUAAAGUUCUCUCCCACAUAACAGAAACGCACAUUGGUGUAGAGAAAGGAAACCCCCUCUCCAUCUCCCAUAUAUUUCUCUCCCCGCAAAUCAUAAACAAAAGAGUGGUUUCCCAAUUCCCAAUCAAACUUUUGUGAGAUUCAGUAUAGACCGGGCUCAUUUUAUCUCCAAAUAUAGCUACUAAUUAAAGUUUAGAGAGCGAGAGAGGUUUGAGUUUGUUAUUUUUAUGUGUGUGUUAAUUUCCGCUCUUUAUAUCUCUGAGUGAUUCAGAGAGGUACUAAACAGAAUCACAGUCUCGGUUAAAUUUCUUGCGUUUGUUUCAGACUAAAACUACCUUAUAAAGAAAAAUGGGCUUACAACAACUUCACUCCAGUGUUAAUAUCAUGCCUACAAAGAAUGAUAGUAGUGGAGGUAGUUACAAAGGGUUUUCAGGAGUGAAUAACUUUCUCCCACCACCACCACUUUCUCCAUGUUUUGGGGUUUUAGAUUCUCCUAAAAAGAGAUUAUGUGUGAAAUCAGAGAUGGGUUUUCAAAAUUUAAGUCAUCCGUUGGAAAAACAAGAGAGACGAUGGAAUUUUCAGAUCUCUGAAGGUACGAGAAUGGAUGAGGGGUUCUCAGGAGGAGAUGAUGAGAAAAAUGUGAUGAUGAUGAAGGGAAGUACUGGUGAAAUGGAGGAAGAUGAUAUGUUUAUUGCAGAGCAGUAUAAUGAAACCGGAUCACAAUCUGUUAACAACAAGUUGUGCGCAAGAGGACAUUGGAGACCUGCUGAAGAUUUUAAACUUAAAGAACUUGUUUGUCAGUACGGCCCUCAGAAUUGGAACCUUAUUGCUGAAAAACUUGAAGGAAGAUCAGGGAAAAGUUGCAGAUUGAGAUGGUUUAACCAGUUAGAUCCAAGGAUUAACAGAAGGGCAUUUAGUGAGGAAGAGGAGGAGACACUUUUAACUGCUCACAAAUUAUAUGGAAACAAAUGGGCCAUGAUAGCUAGGUUAUUCCCUGGAAGAACUGAUAAUGCAGUUAAAAACCAUUGGCAUGUAAUUAUGGCAAGAAAACAUAGAGAACAAUCAAGUGUUUAUAGGAAAAGAAAACCCACUUCUGCUUCUUCUCAUAAGAGAACGGUAAAAACUAUUGAUCAUGAAAACAAUAAUGCAUGCAGUGAAUCAACAAGUACCACAAUGGAUGAAUCUGCAUCAACUUGUACAAAUCUUUCUCUCAAUUCUUCUUCAAGCAGAGUUCAUCCUUCUUCUGUUUUAUUUACUAGGUUUAGUCCUCAACAAAACCAACUCUUUGAUGAGCAAUUCCAAAUGGGAUCAUCAUCUGAAGAAAAGAUGGUGUCAUUUAGUAAUGAGCAGAAACAUGAUGGUUGUAGUUUCUAUGAACCUGGACACCAACAACAACCCGUGGUGGUGAUGAUGGUUAUGGGUGAAGGAGGAGGAGAUCAAACAGGAUAUUCAGAAUCCAAUUCUGAUGUAUCAGUAUCUGAAUCUGUAGUAAACAACAAGAAAAAUCUCUAUAAUGAUAGAGAUUGCGAUGAUAAUGGAGGUGAGAAGAUUGCUCCACCUUUCAUUGAUUUCCUUGGAGUUGGAGCCACUUAGAAAGUGGGUGUUUUUCUUAUUUGUGUUUUACCGAAAAACUUACAAGGAGAAAAUCUAAGUCUUUUUACAUUGAAAGUUUCUCCUCCCUCUUUAAUGUAGAGGUGGAGAAAUGUGUUUGUAACUUUGUGACGAGAAAAGUAAAUCUUAGAAUA